UUGAUCUGCGCUUUCUCUCCUUCCAGCAGCAGCAGUGCUCUCUCCUCCUCGCCUUCAUCUAACUCCUCUGAAGCCGCCGCCGCCGCCGCCGCCGCACUCCUCUCCGCCGCUCGUUCGUUAAUCCGAUUGGAUUGCAGCGGUGCAGCCGAUUUGCUUGUAUCUCUGCUGGCGCGGACUCCGGCGGCAAGUCGCCUUCAACGUGAGGAAGAAGAUACUACUGACAGGUUAAGCCAUCUUCCAGAGCCGAUUCUCCAUCACAUCCUUUCGUUCAUGGACACCAUAUCUGCCGUUCAAACCUCGGUGUUGUCUCGGUCAUGGAACCGGGUGUGGAAACAUGUCCCUGUCCUGGAUCUGUGCCGCCUUUCCUUCUACGAGUAUUCGAGUUUCCUGUUGUUUGUGUCUAAGGUUUUGGACCUCCGCUAUGACCUUAGUCUCCGCAAGGUGAGCUACAUGGACAACUAUAGACAUAGGCAUGAGAGGGUCGACGGAGAUGAUGGAAGGGACGCAUUGAUCACGGAGUUUCGAGAUGUUGGUAUGUGCAUGGAGGUCAUCCAAUAUGCUUUAUCCCAUGAUACUCAGCAUUUGGUGAUCAACCUGGACAAUGAGUACAAGGAUGUCCAUCAGAGUGACAGAUUUACGGGGUUGUUCGGGGAAAUCGUGAACUGCAACCUCAAAACUCUAGAACUAAAGUAUGUCUGCAUCGACGAUGGUCUUCGAUCUCGUGGUUUUCGUAUGCUGACGACUUUGAGGUUGCAUCUUUGCUCUCUGGCUUCUGACCAAUAUGAGGACUUCUUUUCGAACUUUCCCUCUCUGCGGAAUUUGGUCCUGACUGUUUGCCAGCCUUGGGACCACGGCAACUCCAUCCAGGAUGGAAGGGGUCUUAAGAUAUCUGGACCCCAAUUGAUUUACCUGAAGUUGGAUUUUAUGGUGUGUUACAAGAUGGAGAUAUCUGCACCAAAACUCAAAUUCUUCAGUCUUGUGCAUAACUUGGAAUCCCUGGUAUCCAUCAAGUUAAGCCUUCCUUCCCUCCAUCAUGCUGCUAUCGGGGUGCAGGAUUGGGACUAUUUCAUGCUGGACAACAAGGAAUGUGGGGCGCAACGUUUCAUGUCUUUGUUCCAAGGUUUGAAUAAUGCGACAUAUCUCUCGCUGGAGUACUUCACCCUCAGGGCACUGAGGAAAGUUUCUGAGGUUCUGGAACAACAAAAGUCCUCCCCCUUCACGAGAUUGAAGUCGUUGAUCGUGAAGACUUUUCUUGGACGAGACGAAGUACCUGACGAACUGGUUCAUUACUUUCUUAAAGGCUCGUCUAGUAUGAACCCAGAAGUUGAGUGUAUUAGGCCCUGUCAUGAAUUUGUUCAAGUAGUAUUGAAUUCAGCAGUAGUUGCAUCCCAGAUGGGGAAAAAAAAUAGGAAAAGGCGCAGAGGAGAAGAAGUAGAAGAAGAUAGUACUAAUGACAGAUUAAGUAGUCUUCCAGAGCCCAUUCUUUAUCACAUCCUUUCGUUCCUCGACACCAAAUCGGCCGUUCAGACCUCAGUAUUGUCUCGGUCAUGGAACAGAGCGUGGAAACAUGUCGAUGUCCUCAACCUGAGCAGCCUUUCCUUUCGGCGGUACAAACGUUUUCGAAGGUUUGUGUUUAAGGUUUUGUCUCUCCGCUAUAAGCUCAAUCUCCGCAAGGUGAGCUACAUGGACAACGAUGAUACAGAUGUUAGUAUUUGUGUAAAGGUUAUCAAAUAUGCUUUAUCGCAUGCUGCUCAACAUUUGGUGAUCAAUCUGCACAAUGAGUAUAAAGAUGUCUCUGCAAGAUUUACGGAUUUGUUCGGCACAGUCUUGAACUGCAACCUCAAUACUCUAGAACUAAGAUAUGUCUGCAUCGACGAUGGUCUUGGAUCUUGUGGCUUCGGAAUGCUGACAACUUUAAGUUUGAAAUAUUGCUCACUGGCUGCUGAUCAACAUAACGACUUCUUUUCUAACUUUCCGUCUUUGAAGAAUUUGGUCUUGACUUCCUGCGAACCUUUGGAUGACGACCCUAUUAGUGAUGUGGUGCUCAAGAUAUCGGGACGCCAGUUGGUUAGCCUUAAAUUGGACCAUAUGAUUUGGCUCAAUGUGGAAGUAUUUUCUCCAAGGCUAAAAUUCUUCAGUCUUCGGCAUUAUUUGGGCGCCCUGCAAUCCACCAAGUUAAGCUUGCCUUCUCUCGAUCAUGUUGCUAUUAGUGUCGGUGACUGUGUUGACUUUGGUGACGACUGGCAUUUGAAAGAUAACCGGGAAUGUGGGGCACAACGUUUCAUCUCCUUGUUCCAAGGUUUGACUAAUGCAACAUCUCUCAUGCUGGAUAACGCCACCAUCCAGGCAUUGAGUCAAAUUUCUGAGUUUCUGGAACAGCAACCCUCUCCCUUUGCAAGAUUGAAGUCCUUGAUCGUGAAAGCCGAGGUUGGCCAUGUACCUCACAAACUGGUCGAUUACUUUCUUAAAGGGUCAUCUAGUAUGAAACCAAACCUUGAGUAUGUGUAGCUCUAUUAUAAUCUAUUUCCUGAUAUUAUCUGAUCGUGGUUCGCCAAUAGCUUAUUAUGCUUACUCUUCAGAUCAUUUGCCAGUAGGUCAUGGGUUUGUCGAAGCAAUUGAUUUAAGCUGCUCAAAUUGAUUUGACUGGCUUAUGUACCCUAGGUCGGGUUGGCAACAUUGUCAGCUUGAGGUGGGACUUAUGCGGACAGUACUUCAGCUUCGUAUUCUUGGUUUCUCAUCUACUUCACUCUUUCCCCCUAGACUACUCUGUUUUUGCCUCAGUUAUGGACUUAGUACUUAUGGUACCAGCCUAUAUCAACUAUCUUAACAAACUCAUGACGCCUAUGUGUUAAUGUGAAAAUGGCAGAUGGAGUGCUUUGAAUGGUUGAUAUGUGCCAAUGUAACAGUACCUGAGUGGUUAUGUCCUUCCUAUGUUGUUUUGCUGCAUAUGGCCAUCAUAUAGAGCAUGGUAAUCGACUAUGGUAAAUCAUUAAGACUCCGAAGCUUGAGCUGCAGCGUCAAGUUGGAGAACGUUGCUUGUGCAUUUGUUUGUUGUUGGCAGUUUUAUUGUCCAAGUAACUAAGUUGGAUCCUAUUUCACUCGCUAUUUUUGAAGCGGCUUCGCUCUAUUUCUUUCAGGUAUACUUUUAGCUGAUCGAUGUAAAAUGGUUCAUCCGAGGUAGUGUCGCGAAACAUUUUACCAGUCUUUGUUUCUUUGUAGCCACUAAAGAUGAUUUCUGGGUUCAUAUUCCAAGUGAUUGAAAUCAUUAGCUAACGAUUGACUUGAC